CAGCCUUACAACAACUUGCCUUUAUUGGGAGAGAUUUGUGAUACCGCUGGAUCAAGUUCCAUAGUUGUGUGUGGGACUCUUUCAUAAUUGCUGGAUUCUUUCGGCGCUGCGGACAUGGGAGGCAGAGAGGAGGUCAUGUUGACCAGGCCACAUGCGUCCACCAUGCCGUUUUCAAGAGACCGGUUCAACAAUUUCAGAGUAUUUUCACACAACAGGAACAGAUACAGUUCGUCAAACAAGAAGAAAUCCAGAGACCCCAGCCCCACCGAGAUGAGCGUGGAGCCCUGGGCCAGCCCGCAGCAUCAGGCCGCCUCUGAGCACCGUCCACGCACGCCGCCCUCGCCACCUUUCCAGGAUCAGGAGCAGCAUCCGGACCAAGUCUGCGUGGACUCCUACUUCACUGAGCUGGAAACCAUUCGACAGGGGAGUGGCUACGCAGACCUUGACAGCGCCAGGAGGGAUUCCAGACAAUCAGAAGAGGGGGAGCAAGAGGAGCAGUGGCUUGCCGACGCUGGUCUUUCCACCCUCAUUAGUGACGACAGCGAGGAUGUGGACAACCUGCUGCUGAUGUCCACCUUAACCCGCACUCAGGCGGAGGCGGUCCAGCGUAGACUGGCUUCCUACACAAAGUCUCUGCGCAAGAGGAACAAGACGGCUCCGCCGCACAUCCGUGACGUCUUCAGUCAGCAGAACUUGAGUAUGCCUGACUCUCAUUCUGGUGAAGAAUCUCCUCAAAACAACAUGGCAUCGGUCUCCAAAGCCACUUUGUCAGUUGUGACCCCAGAGCACCAGCGAAGAGUUGCCAAAGAAGAAGAGUUCAAAACCGACAUGGCUUACUGUGAACAGGCCAAACUGGACAAACUUCCUCACAGCAACAUGCAGUGGAGGAGAGAGGACGGCACGCUGCCGCGGGUGAUCUGCCCCAAGUGCCGCCUAGGAGUCACUCGAGUCCAAGAUCUGUCCCACGGCGACAUGAAGAAGGUGCGACAGUUGGCUCUCAUCGACAUGACGGCACUGUGCGACCUCCUUGAACUGGAGGUCAAGCGGCACAAGACAUCCAAGAGGAAAAUGCCAGAGAGCUCAUUGUUCGGUGUCCCGCUGGCCACGCUGCUGGAGAACGACCAAAAAGUUGCACCCAACACUGCCACUCCUCGCUUUCUCCAAGAGCUUUUGAUCUUUUUGGAGAAGGGAGUAGAUUCAGAGGGUAUCCUGCGGGUUCCAGGGUCUCAGUCCAGAAUCAAGCUGCUGCAGCAGAACCUGGAAGCCAACUUCUCCUCGGGUCAGUUCCGGUGGGAUGAAGUGAGUCCAAACGAUGCUGCCGCGCUUCUCAAGAAAUUCAUCCGAGAACUUCCUGCUCCUUUGCUCACCGCCGAGUACCUCAACACCUUCAGUGCCGUCAGAGACAUCACCGAGCUGAAGCAGAAACUUCACAUGUUGAACCUGCUCAUCCUGCUGCUGCCUGAGUCUAACAGGAACACCUUGAAGGCUCUCCUGGAGUUUCUCAGCAAGGUGGUGUCCCGGGAGAAGAGGAACAGAAUGAACCUGUGGGCCGUAGCGACCAUCAUGGCUCCCAAUCUGUUCCUCCACAAGGCCGUGCCCAGCAAGAUGACCGAGGCGGCCGGAAUAGGCGAGGUGGAGAAGGCCGCCGAUGUCAUGAGGCUCCUCAUCCGCUAUCAGGACCUGCUGUGGAGGAUCCCAAUGUUUGUCAUGAGCCAAGUGCGAAAGCUGAACGAGCACAGCAGUAAGCGUUACCAGUUUUACGACCGCCGCUUCAAGAACCUGCUGAAGAAGAUCCACACAGACAGUCGGGAAAAAGCUGAUAAAAACGUCUCAGAGGCUCGGCGCACAGUCAAGGUCCACAUCGGGGAUCAGGUGAAGGGCACCAUGGAGUUCCACAUUGACACCAGCUCCAGAGCGUCAGACGUGCUAAACCACUUUUACCAGCAGUUCCUACGCAGCCCUGAAAACGGGAAAGGCCAACGGCGAAGGAAUGGCUCCGUGUCCUUCUCGGACUGUGCCCUAUUCGAGGUGGGAGGAAAUAUCGGCGAGCAUCGUCUGGACCCCGACACCCACCUACUAGAUCUAUACAAGAGCAACUCGGCAGGGGAGUGGAUCAUCAGGCUGAAGGCCAAUGGCAGCCGAGGAAUGUGACAUGGAGGCCAUGAAAGGACGGAUGGAUGAUUGGGGCAUCAUUUCAUGGUGACAUCAACAAGGCCAGAAGAUGGAGGAUGAAGAAUCUGCCAGUAAGACCAUCUUCAAAUGAAAUCUUCAUCCCUCCAUCUCCUGGAGGCCUUGUAGGCCCCUCAGUCUUGUGACUCAUGACUUCCUGCUGAUAAAAGGGGGAGAGGGAGGACACAUGGCCGAUCAUGGGCAGUGGAAUGGAGCAGAUGGCCAUGCAGAGCACCUCUGGCCAUGCAUACACACACACACACACACACACACAAGCUUCAAUGCACUUUACUUUGUAUUUUGUUAAGAGGACAUGGACAUUCUGGACAGUUUUGUGCCUUGCUCAAGGACCUUAAAGACAACUCCUGCAACCACGCCCAUUUUUGUGUCCCUUUUGACUACUGGAGUUAACAUUGCGAAGAAGACGAGAAUCCACCUAGAACAGGCGUGCUCAAAGUCCAUUUUUGAAAUUUUUCAUAAUAAAGGGCAUCAAACUUGUUUUUACAGUAGGCCACGUCGCAGUUAUGGUUACAUUAUUAGUAUAAUAAGAUCAAUUUUAUUGAUAAUAAUUUUAAAUUGGGGCGGCACGGCGGUCGAGUGGUUAGCGCGCAGACCUCACAGCUAGGAGACCAGGGUUCAAUCCCACCCUCGGCCAUCUCUGUGUGGAGUUUGCAUGUUCUCCCCGUGCAUGUGUGGGUUUUCUCCGGGUACUCCGGUUUCCUCCCACAUUCCAAAAACAUGCUAGGUUAAUUGGCCACUCCAAAUUGUCCAUAGGUAUGAAUGUGAGUGUGAAUGGUUGUUUGUCUAUAUGUGCCCUGUAAUUGGCUGGCGACCAGUCCAGGGUGUACCCCGCCUCUCGCGCCCAAGACAGCUGGGAUAGGCUCCAGCACCCCCGCGACCCUCGUGAGGAAAAGCGGUAGAAAAUUAAUGAAUGAAUAAUUUUAAAUUGACCAAAAAAUAUGUCAAAAUUGAAUAAAUAAACAUUUAAAAAUAUAAAAAAUAAAUUGAACUCAAUUUAAAUAAAAAUGUGUAUUUUUGCCUGCAUUAUUUCCAGGCUUUUGCAGGCCACAUGAAAUGUAUGGCGUACCAAAUCCAGACACAAAUGUAUUAUUUUACUAACAAACGUAUACUCAAAGUACUCUAGUCAAUUUGAAGAAACAACUGUUUUGUAAGUAUAAUAAGAUCAAUUUUUUUGAUAAUAAUUUAAAAUUGACCAAAAAAUAUGUCAAAAUAAAUUUACAUUUUUUUAAAUAUAUCUGCUAAAUAAACAUUUAAAAAUAUAAAAAAAUAAAUUGAACUAAAUUUAAAUAAAAAUGUGUAUUUUUGCCUGCAUUAUUACAAGGCUUUUGCGGGCCACAUGAAAUGUAUGGCGUACCAAAUCCUUGGGUUUGACACCAGUAUUCAUAUUCAUAUUGUCACCUCCAUGAUAUAUU